AUGGCUGAAUCUGGUGAUAGUAGCGAAGAUGUUCCUGUUGAUAGUAACAACAACAACGAUUUCAUGCCUUUUCCAACAACGAUGCCUAUUGCAAGAAUGCAAAUUGGUGAAAAACCGUGUUUAGGAAUGAAGUUUAAUAGUCAUGAGGAGGCCUAUGACUAUUAUAACUCGUAUGCAUUGAUGAUGGGAUUUGGAAUCAGAAAAAGCUCAGUGAAUUACUCUCAGAAAGAUAAACAAGUGUUGAAUAGAAAAUUUGUUUGUGACAAAGAAUGUUACAGAUCUAAUAAAGACAAGAGAGAUAUAGGAAAAAAUAUUAAUCAUCGGCGAGAGACUAGAGUUGGCUGUAAAGCAAUGAUGAGAAUAAAAUUAAUGGAGGAUAAAACAUGGAAAGUUAUAGGUUUUAUUGAAGAUCAUACAAACCACAUGCUUAGUAGUCCAGAUAAAGCAAAGAUGCACAGGUCACAUCAACAAUUUCAUAGAAGUAAAAGGUGUAAAAAAAUGAUUCAACGUUUGCAAGAAGAAGGUAUUACUCCUUCCACUAUUUCUCGUAUUAUUAACGCGACAAGUGGAAGAGAAGAUGAAUCAGUGACACCACAACAGUGCAUUGACUAUAUGAAGACUCAAAGGCACAACAAUAUUGGUAAUGAAUGUAUAUCUGUUAUCCAACAUUUUCAAAGAAAGGCGGCUAAUGAUGCAGAUUUUUAUUUUGCAUUGGAAGUAGAUUGUACUGGACAAAUGAGAAGUGUUUUUUGGGCAGAUGGAAAAUCAAGAGCAACUUAUUUGAAGUUUAAUGAUGUCAUUGUGUUUGAUGUGACUUAUAAAACUAACAAGUUUAGUCUUCCAUUUGCACCAUUUACUGGGGUGAAUCAUCAUAGGCAAUCUACUUUAUUUGGUUGUGCAUUGCUAGCUGAUGAACAAGAAGAAACAUUUGUUUGGUUGUUUCAGGAAUGGUUAAACUGCAUGCAUGGAAUUGAACCAGGUGCUAUCAUCACAGACCAAGACCGAGCAAUGUGUAAUGUCAUUCAUAAAGUCUUUCCAAACACAAGGCAUCGUUAUUGUUAUUGGCAUCUACAACGACAUAUUGCCGAUCAUUUGCAUACUUUGAAUUCUGUUUAUGGAAUGAGAUCAACUCAAAGGAGUGAAAGCAUCAACUCAUUCUUUGAUGGAUAUGUGAAUUCACAAACACAUUUAAAAGAAUUUGUAACUCAAUAUGAAAAGGCCGUGACACAUCGACGAUUGAGUGAAGCACAUGAAGAUUUUAGAACUCUUAAUACAAAACCGCAGUUUCACCUUGGGCAUCCAAUUGAAAGACAAGCUGGAAGUAGUUAUACACGCACUAUGUUUCAUGUAUUUCAGAAUGAGAUCAAAGGGUGUGGUGUUCUUGGCCUUCAAGAGGUGACCAAAGAAGAAAAGUCUGCUUUAUGGCGAGUUGGUAACUUAGAUGAAAGCAAUGAAAAGUGGAGGUUUGUUACUUAUGAUGAAUGUAGAGAAUUACAGUAUAGUUGCAGCUGUGGUAUGUUUGAGAAUAGUGGUGUUUUAUGCAAACAUAUAUUGUACACUCUAAUGUUCAACAGACAACGUUGUUCAUUGCCCAGUUUAUAUAUUGUACACCGUUGGACUAUAGAUGCUCGACAUCGUAACAUAGGAGUUAGUAAUGUUGUGUUUGGCAAAAACAUUGCAGGCGGUGUAGAAAAAAUAAAUCUGUUGAAAACUUGGGCUUUGAAAGCAAAAACCAACAAUGCACUGGAGCUUGCCUUUGAGUCAGAUAAGAGAAUGCAUGAGCUUGAUUCUUUGUUAACAAGUUUCAUAGAGAGGGUUGAAGAAGAAGUCAGAGGGUGUCAACCAAUAGAUGCUGGUAGCAGCCACAUUCCUGACUCAGAUCUUCCACAGAUACCUACUUCACAUACAAUCCAACAUAUUCCACAAAUUACAGUUCGUGACCCGGAAAAGCAAGCAAGAACCAAAGGUCGUCCACGCAAUGCUACAAGAAUUAAAUCAACUUUAGAACAAGCUGGGAUUGAGUUUGGAUUUUUGACGAGGCGUAGAGGAGAGAGAAGGAAGAGCGAAUUGGGGAUCUGA